AUGGAUUCUGUGGUGAACAAGUACGUACGUAAAUGGCUUGAAAUACCUAUAUCAGGAACUCUAUCUAACGUCUACCUUACCAGUAACAAGUUUGGUCUAAAUAUCUACCCGCCGUCAAUUAAGUUUGUUCAGUGCCAAACAGUUGCUCGUAACGCCUUAAAGACCUCUCCAAAUCAUUCCAUAAAAGACCUCUGGAAAACAACAUCUGAAAGCAAAAACAUUCAGUACGACGUCUACACCUCGACAAAAGAAGUCCUUAAAACUUUUACCUCCGGACAAGAAGACAAACUGCAGAAUCAUCUGAUUUUGCAAGGCUCCUUCUUCUCAAAUGUCAUUAAGUUUUCACUGUCGAAAUUAAACG